GUGGAAGAAAAAGAAAUCAAAUGUUGUACUUAAGAAAGCCCACUUGGGCCGCUCGCUGAUAAAAAACAAUUUGGAAAAGACAAAUGAAGUUUCUCGAACUCAUGAAUAGAAGACAUGAAGACGCCAUUAUUGGACGCCUUUUGCACAACAUAGAGCUACAAGUUGUAAAAAACAGUGAGCCAGUUCUACUCCAUACCAUGAAUCAAUUAACUAAAAAUUACAUUUUCUUUUCUUUUUUUCCAAAAGUUUCAUCAUGCCACAAAACUCACCGCUGAAGCAAAAUCACUUCAUAGUUCAACUGACGCCACCCGUACCAUGGAUCAACCCUGUUGGCUGGUCAGCUCACUCCGUCCCCGUCCCUUCAUUCAGCGACAUUGGUCACCAGCUGGCCGAAAACAUGGCUCCAGAACCAGCAGACUGCCAGCCACCAGGUAAAAGACGGAGAAUGGAAUCUGAACCGUCCCCCGAUGGUGUGGAGUCCAGUGUCAGCGGUUUCGGGUUACACCCCUUCUCAAGUAGUCAGACGAGGAAUGCUGGUGACGUCAGUAGUGGUUAUGAUCACGUGUCCAAGAUGCCGAUGGAAACCCAGUUGUGGUGGCGCCUUCGUGAACAGGUGCUGAGAGAAAAGAGAGACAAUUCGCUGCAUUGUGGGACGGUGGAGACUGGAGCUGUGGACUGGGAAAAGGUCCAAGCUGUGUCUGCUCCAGUGUUCUCUCUUGUCGGCGCCUUCGUGGCCAACUUUCAGGAGGAAUUUUACACCGACAGAUUUUCCCUGGAAGAGCGAGUUUUUCUCAAGCACUUGUGCACCGAGUGCAAGAUCGAGACAACUGACCAGCUCUGUAACAACGACAGUGUGGUCACACUCAGGAAGACAAGUGAGACUCUUUUCCCCACUGAGCAAGUUUUCCAACGCGUUCUGAUGACCCUCCAACAGUCACAAACAAGGGUCGGGCUGGGACAAAGCUUCUGACUACUGAACGAUGACCGGAACCUGGGAACUUGACAAGUAGCUCGAGAGAACAGACAGACAGACUAUAAAUAGUUCUUUUCAAUAACUUAUUUGUAUUUGCAAAACUGUUCGAUUUUUGGUCAUUAAAAAAAGACAAAUAUUUAUAGAGACUGAUUUCACUUCCAAACUAGUUACUGCUUAUAGUGCAAAAAUAUUUUUAAGGCAUGUUUAAGGUUUUUAGUUGAAACCUACAUUUGUAUCUACAAUCUCACGGAAAACCAGUUAAUGCACGUAGUACCUUCGUCAUUCCCUGAGUACUUUCAGCCUGCUUCCUUUCAACAGUAUCGGGCAGAAAUCUGUGUGGAGACAGAGACAAUUUUCUUACUUUCUAUAGCAGGUUUUGUCAGACAUUUGCUUAUUAUUGUGUAUUAUUUCACUCUAGUAUUAUCAUGCAUUAGUGAUCUCGACCACUUUGUAUUUCUUAAUUUUUUUGGGAUUAUCAUACCCUGAAUAAGAAAUCCAGAAUGUGAAUUCGAAUUUUAUAUCUUAGAAAAAA